AUGGCGUGCAUAAGGUCGACAACAGUUUUCUGCGUUUUAUUUCUUGCUCUUUACGCCGUGUUUUCCCAAGUAGAAGCGAAUGAGUGCUAUUCUGACUCUGGAUGUGGUUACUUAAAGUAUUGCUGUGAAAGAAAAUAUCCCAGUUACGACAAUAUAUGUCUGAACAAUUGCAUUGGAGAAUCGUGUACUAUUGACGACGACUGUGCACCGAGUGAAACUUGUUGUGGUGUUGAUAAGAAAUGUGGCACAACUUGCAUUGGAAAAUCGUGUACUUACCGUGACAGCCACUGUGCAACGGGUGAAACUUGCUGCGGUAAUUCUGAUAAGAAAUGUGCGACAACUUGUAUUGGAAAAUCGUGUGACUACAGUUACCACUGUGCUACUGGAGAAUGUUGCAAUUCUGAUGAUAAAUGUGACACAGAUUGCAGUGUUGUGAUUAAAGGUCUAGCUGGUUGGAUUGUUGCAGUGAUUGUUAUCAGUGUGAUUGUUGUUAUCGUCAUACCUAUUGCAGUUGUCGUCUUUUGCUGUUUUUGUGCGGCUGGUGCGGCAGCAGCCUCGAGACGUCCUGCUCAUGGUGGUAUUGUAUUAACACAACCUACAACCACAGGAAAUACAGUCUUUGCAACCCAGCAACAACAACAACAAUUCGCUGCACAACAAGGACAACCAAUGUAUUUCCAAAACUCUCAACCAUAUCCAAACCAACCCCCACCAGAAUAUCAACCUCAAGGGACAGUGUAUCCACGAGGGGCAAGUGGUGGAUAUAUAGCGAUGACACCACAAACUCAAGUAAAGCCAUAA